AAAUUUUAAGUGGUUAACUUUGCUUUCAUGGCAUGACUCCGUUUAAGUAAGGUUAUGUUAGAUAAUUUAUGGCUAUGUAAACAGUAUUAGUUUUGAUUGAACAUAUUAAUUUAAAUUAAUAUAUUUAUAUAUAAUAUUUAAAUAUAAUUUUUGUAUAUUAUAUUAUGUUUACAAUUGAUAAGUAACUAUGAAAUUCAUUCUUGACUCAUUAACACAUUGUACUCCACGUAUUGGUAUACUUACGGAAUUUGAAAGAUUGCCUAAUAUUAUUUAUGAAACACCACUUCUUCUAAUAUAUACAAAGAGAGGCAGCGUACCACAUUUAACCAAAGAUGUAUUUCAAAUGGUAACGAAACAACAACAUUUAUUAUCUAUCUCACUUCCUUCUACAUUAAAAAUGGAAGAUAGUAUGAAGGAAUUGAAUAUUUCUUUUGCAGAAUUUGUUAGUAUGAAGGAGUAUAUAAAUUUUUUAUCAAUAAAAGAUCCUACUGAAGUAACUCCAUCAGAAUUUCAACAGGCUGACAGUAUAUCUGUAUGGUCUAGAACAGGAAAAGUUUUAUUUACUGCAGAUAAAUAUAUGGACUUAGUAGAAACAUUUGAACCUGAUCUUUAUGUUGCACUAUGUGAUGGAAAUAUGCAUAGUUCUGAAAAACGCAUAUCUAAAGCAACAGAUAGAAGUAAGGCUUUAACAGAGCAAUGUUUAAAAAGGCAUGCCGCUUCGAAUAAACUGAAAUUUAAAAGUAUAUUAGGAGCAGUUGAAGGUGGUUAUAAUUUAAAAGUUAGAGAAGAAUCAGUGGAAUAUUUGAAAAAUAAACCAUUGGCCGGUUAUGUGAUAGAUGGUCUACAUGAUAAUGGGCCAGAUGUUAAAAAUAUUAAAUGGGAACAAAUUGAAAAUGUAAUACAACAUACAAUUAAAUUAUUACCUGAGGAUAAAUUACGCGUAUCAUUAGGAUGCUGGAAUCCAUUAGUAAUAUUAGAAUUAAUAAAUUUAGGCAUAGAUAUUUUCGAUUCAACGUAUCCUUACAUUAUUACUGAGCGUUCGGAAGCUUUAACAUUUCUAUGUGAUCAUGAUAGUUGCAAGAAUACAAGUCAUAUAUUAACGAUCGGCGAAAAAAGGUAUGCAGAUGAUUUCUCUCCAAUAUGUCAAUAUUGCGAUUGCUUGACAUGUAAAAAUCAUACUAGAGCAUAUUUACAUCAUCUACAUGUUACCAAAGAAUUAUUGGGAAUGAUAUUAUUAAUGAUACACAAUACGCAUUACUAUCUAAAGUUCUUCAAUGACAUACGACAAAGUAUAAAAGAUGAUACAUUCAGUCAAUUUCGAGAUAAAAUAAAUUCCAAAUUUCCAAAAGAAAAUUCAUAACAUGUAUUUAAUAAUGAUUAUU